UGUGUGUGUGUGUGUGUGUGUUUGCGCGCGCGUUCUAGAUAAACUCCAUUUUAAAUAUUCUCACAACAAAUUAUCUUCCAGGGUUAUAGCAUUUUAUUUUUUUCCCCAGUUGUCAUUAUUUGGAGUGACAAGAAUUCAUUUAUCACAGAGGGUGGGAACAAAAAGAUUGUCAUGCCAACCUUUAAAAAAAAAGGGGGGGCGGGAAGUAAAGAAAAAUACUGCUAAAAUCAUGUCUCGUCGGGACACACCAAAACAUUUCAAUACAUUUGUGUUUCAAGCAGCUUUCUCAAUGUGAAUGCCAAUGAAUUAUUGUCGAUAGUGUUUUAAAGGCAAAUAUUGCAUGUCCUUUGCUUUGUGUGUUUUAUUGCCAUGUAGGUCUUUUUUUGUUGUUAUUUGGUAAUUAUUAUGUUGCAGGAUGGUGGUGAGGUUUGUUCCUUUGGUGCUGAAUGUGCGUCACUGGCGGCCUGUCAGCACUCAACUUGCUGCUUUUCGACUAUUUGCCAAACCAAAGUCGUACAUCGACGGCACCCCCGCUCGAUAUUUGCCAUUUAAAGCAAACAUCCUUGAUUAGAUGUUCGACAAAGUGUAAAUACCAAUCGGAGGGGGGCGGGGGGGGGGGGCACGACGUUUUGCCCCUGAACGCGUCACGGGAUCUGUGUCCGUGCAUUAAAAUGUCACCCCUUGUCCAAACUAACAAAAAAUACACCCGCCACCUCUUUUUUUCCUUCUUCCUUACCUGCAGUGACACUAAUGGAAAAGAGAGGCCUCGGCGUGACGUGAUGAAUGCGAGUCUGCAGCAACAGAUGUCCAUACACAAUUCUUGGUGGUCGUACUGGAGUGGACGCAAGAAUUGCGUUUGGACAAUCAGCCGCUAAAAGACCCCACUUGUCCUCAAGGGAAGAGCUGAUGUGGCUUGCCCCAAAAACUCUACGUUUGGUCUCAUUUGCUCAAAGUAACAGAAUCUUUGUGGCUUGUCGAAAAGCCUUUUGGAAAAAAAAAAGGUUGCAAAAAGUGGUGAAAAGCAAACCUCGGCGUCCUCGCCUUCCUCGCUUUGCCCUUUUCAUGGGCCGACUCGUCCCGAGGCGGGGAAACCCAGGCAGCCACAGAUCACAAUGCAGAUAACACCACAGCCGUGCUGAAAGAGUGGCUCACCAUCAUGCAGAAGUUCUACCACUACGUGGAGUGGAGACCCAUGGAACAGCCUGUGUCCUACGUCGGAGAGUUUGGUCCAAAACACUGGCCGAACAGCAGAUACGAGUAUGUGAUGAAGCUAAAGCAGGCGGCGCUCAACUUUGCCAGGAAACGCUGGGCUGACUACAUCCUGUAUGCAGACACCGACAACAUCCUGACGAACCCCGACACCCUCAACCUGCUGAUCGCUGAGAACAAGUCAGUCAUAGCCCCCAUGCUGGACUCUCAGGGAGCGUACUCCAACUUCUGGUGUGGAAUCACGCCACAGGGAUAUUAUCGAAGGACAGCAGAGUAUUUCCCCACCCGCCACCGCCACCGCUUGGGCUGCUUCCCCGUCCCAAUGGUGCACUCCACCAUGUUGCUGGACUUACGAAAGGCGGGAAUGAAGAAACUGGCUUUCUACCCUCCUCACAAGGAGUACUCCUGGCCCUACGACGACAUCAUCGUCUUUGCCUUCUCCUGCCGAGCCGCAGAAAUUCAAAUGUACUUAUGCAACAAGGAGCGCUACGGCUACUUGAAUCUCCCGGCCAAACCUCACCACACUCUGGAGGACGAUCGCCUCAACUUUGUCCACGUCCACUUGGAGUCCAUGAUUGACGGCCCUCCGAUGAAACCUUCCCGAUACGUCCACAUGUUCCCCAAGCAGAGAGACCUCAUGGGCUUCGAUGAGAUUUACCUGAUUAAUCUGCGCCGGCGGCCCGACCGCAGAGACAGGAUGUUGUUCUCCUUGAACGAGCUGGAGAUCGACGUCAAGGUGGUCGACGCCGUGGAUGGGAAUGCACUGAACAGCAGCGACAUCAAGAUUCUGGGGGUGGACUUGCUACCGGGCUACUACGACCCGUUCUCGGGACGUACCCUCACCAAAGGGGAGGUGGGCUGCUUCCUCAGCCACUUCUACAUCUGGAAGGAGAUGGUGGACAUGCAGCUGGACAAGGCCCUGGUGCUCGAAGACGACGUCCGCUUCCAGGCAAACUUUAAACGACGCGUUUUGAGGCUGAUGGAGGAGGUGGAGCAAGUGGAGCUGGACUGGGACUUCAUAUACUUUGGCAGGAAGCAGGUGAACCCCACAAAAGAGGAAGCGGUGGACGGCGUCCAGAACCUGGUGGUGGCUGACUAUUCCUACUGGACCCUCUCGUACGCCAUCUCCCAGCAGGGGGCCCAGAAGCUGCUGAACGCAGAGCCGCUUUCCAAGAUGCUUCCUGUCGACGAAUUCCUCCCCAUCAUGUACGACAAACAUCCCAACGAGGACUACAAGUCCCACUUCCCCAACAGGAACUUACAAACCUUCAGCACACGCCCGCUCCUCGUGCAACCCUGCCACUACGCCGGCGACCCCCAGUGGGUGAGCGACACUGAGACGUCCACGCUGUGGGACGACGACGCCGUGCGCACCGACUGGAGGGGCUCCCACAAGACACUGAAAGGCGGCGUACCGCCACCCGAGAUGCUGUCGGCCUCCUACAGGGACGAGCUUUAGAAGCGUCGGCAGGCGAGAGAGAGAGAGGUGAAUGCCGUCGGGGCAGAAGUGUUCUCAUAAUCCCACCCUGUGUGGCGCGGACCACCCUAACUAAAGGUGGGCUUUCCUACAAAGCGCGCCGCAUAGCGAUGUCAUGGCGCAGCAGGACGGUGGGUGGGGUACUACAUUUUUGUGUUUAUCAGGGACUGCUUUUAUUAGGACUUGCACAACAAAAAACAUUUUUUUUUUACAGAGAAAAGACAUUUUUAACAUUCUGAAUGUGUGAUUGUGACAAACUAUUCAUUUGUUUGCUCAUGAACAAAUGUUACCUCAUCAGUGAACUCAGUAGACAUUUCAUUAGGUACACCUACACAAUCUGAGAGACAAUGAAAAAAAACCCCAAUAAGAAUCGACCUUUGCAAGAUAAUUAUGGGGGUUUUUUGUUUUGUUUUGACACUGCAGGACAGUGCGGGGGCGUCAAACUUUUCAUGACAGGCCACGUCAUAGUUUGCCAAAUAUCACGUUCUACAACCUACACUGGGGUGUAAUGACGUUUCAAAUGAAUCGUCAUCGGUUUAAAUCUUUUCAACAUCACUAAGUUGUGUUCUUCUUUGGAUAGUUCAGUUAUACAUGAGCGCAAAAGUAACGGUGUGAAUUGUUAUGCCAUGAAAACAGUAAUAAUGGCAUUGGUAAUUACUUGGGCUCUCACUAAAGAGUGCAGGACAGUGCCGGGGAUGUUGCUUUUUUUUUUUUACUGUGCGACUUUUUUCUUUUUGUUGUUUAUAUAUACAGGAUAUAAACAUGGCUAGCCACAAGCUGAACUGCACUGUGUUUGUUUACAGACCAAAUGUGUGGCUAGAGUGCAAGAUGGUUUGCACUUCCUGUCUCUUACAUAAUAUGUUCUGUGUGGGAAGCCUAGUAAUUGCCCCAACAUGUUGCAUAAUUGCACCUGCAUUUGAUUUUUGAUGAUGCAUAAAUUGUUUUGAACUGAAGUCGAGGGGAAAAAGUGGGCAAACUUUGUGAGUGGUGCCGCAUCUUUCCCACGGGCUUCACGUUUCACACCCGUGGUGAAGAUGCAGCAUCAUAAUCGGACAUGUUUCCGUUAUUACCCCUCUCAUCUACCUAAAUAACCAAACUCAGAACGUAAGCUUUAAUUUACUUCCUCUUGCACGACUGGCUUUUCAGGUUCAUCUCGACGGAGUUACAAUUGAAGUAACCAAUAUAUCUUGAUGCUCCAACAUCGAUUUUAAAGACAAUCACGGCAAUCACGGCUCAAUGCAACCGGUAGUUGCAUUACUGAUUUGUUCAUCUCGAAAUGCUUUCAUGUCUUAAUUUAUUUCAUGUCUCGCAACUUUUUUUCCCCCCCACUUGUCAGUGUCUUCUGUGCCUCGUGCAUUUUGUUGCGAUAUGUGCUCGAAAGAAAGCAACAACUGUAUCACAAAUAAUUGGAAUUAAAACAUUCUCAUUGUAUGAUUGCGA